UAGGGUCAUUGAGUGUUCCAGCCGCGGUAUUUCCGAGCAUCCCUGAACGCAGCACGAGUCCUCCCAGUCAGAUCUGGCUGAACGUGACGCGCCGACUAGGAGCCGACUCGGAGCCGAGCUGCGGAGGGAGCAGGAGUCGAGCGGGUCUGGCCGUCUGUCCGUGUAUCUGUCCGUGUAUCUGUCUGUCUUUGUGGGACACACUAACCCGACUCGGAGUCCACAGCUAUGGAUCCUUCGCUGUCCUGGUCCUGUUCUCACCGCUGAGGGUCGAUCCUCCGUCGGAUGCUCCAGAGCCACAGAGAAGGAGGAGGAGCGGGCAUCCCUGCCAUUCUUCACCCUACCAGGCUGACUCACUGCUGGAGCGCCUGGACGCAGCAGCAGAAGAAGAAGUUCCACAGAACAGAAGCGAAGGAAAACUGAAACAGCGAGCAAGAAAGAGGGAGGAAGGGACAGAAAGAGUGGAGUAACAAAAAAGCUGAAGGAGGCGAGGAGGAGCAGAAGGAGAGAGGCAGAGGACCAAGAAAGUGAGGUCGGGACGGCGGGCGAGAGGAGGAGAGAGAAAGUGACUGUGGGAAACAGAAGGAUAGAGACCCGGGGGUAACUGAGGUGGGGCGAGAGCAGGCACAGGUAGGUCAGAGGUGAGACAAGAGGCCGGCGGUCCAGCUGCCACCACCCCCUGACAGCUGUCCCUUCACCGUCAGCACACUGGGAGAACUGGGAGGACUGGUGACCAGGAGAAGCCACCAUGAGCGACCAGAACGUCGUCAAGGAAGGCUGGGUGCAGAAAAGAGGUGAGUACAUCAAGAACUGGCGACCGCGUUACUUUCUGCUGAAGACAGACGGCUCUUUCAUUGGCUACAAGGACAAACCGCAGGACUCUGACCUGGCCUACCCGCUCAACAACUUCUCUGUAGCAAAAUGUCAGCUGAUGAAGACGGAGCGGCCCAAACCCAACACCUUCAUCAUCCGCUGUCUGCAGUGGACCACGGUCAUCGAGAGGACCUUUCACGUCGACACUCCUGAUGAGAGGGACGAGUGGGCCGAGGCCAUCCAGAUGGUCGCCGAAUCUCUGGCCAAGCAGGAGGAAGAGGGCAUCCUGUGCAGCCCCACCUCCCAGAUCGAGAACGUGAACGAGGAGGAGAUGGACACCUCCAUCAGCCACUACAAACGAAAGACAAUGAAUGACUUUGACUAUCUGAAGCUUCUGGGCAAAGGCACGUUUGGGAAAGUCAUUCUGGUGAGGGAGAAGGCGAGCGGGACGUAUUACGCCAUGAAGAUCUUGAAGAAGGAAGUCAUCAUAGCCAAGGAUGAAGUUGCUCACACACUCACAGAAAGUAGGGUAUUAAAAAACACUCGGCAUCCAUUCCUAACCUCUCUGAAGUACUCGUUCCAGACGAAGGACCGGCUGUGCUUUGUGAUGGAGUACGUCAACGGAGGAGAGCUGUUUUUCCAUUUGUCGAGAGAAAGAGUUUUCUCGGAGGACCGGACUCGUUUCUACGGCGCUGAGAUCGUCUCCGCUCUAGACUACCUACAUUCUGCCAAGAUCGUCUACCGAGAUCUGAAGCUGGAGAACCUCAUGUUGGACAAAGACGGGCACAUUAAGAUCACAGACUUCGGCCUCUGCAAAGAAGGGAUCACCGACACCGCCACCAUGAAGACUUUCUGUGGAACACCUGAGUACCUGGCUCCUGAGGUGCUGGAGGACAACGAUUACGGCCGGGCGGUGGACUGGUGGGGUUUGGGCGUGGUCACGUACGAGAUGAUGUGCGGCCGCCUGCCGUUCUACAACCAGGACCACGAGAAGCUGUUCGAGCUCAUCCUCAUGGAGGAGAUCAAGUUCCCACGGACGCUGUCGGCCGACGCCAAGUCGCUGCUGUCGGGCCUGCUCAUCAAAGACCCCAACAAACGGCUGGGCGGCGGACCGGAUGACGCUAAGGAGAUCAUGCGACACAGUUUCUUUGGCACAAUCGACUGGCAGGACGUCUACGACAAGAAGCUGGUUCCACCCUUCCAGCCGCAGGUCUCCUCAGAGACAGACACGCGCUACUUCGAUGAGGAGUUCACAGCACAGACCAUCACCAUCACUCCGCCAGAGAAAUACGACGAGGACGGGAUGGAUGCGGCGGACAACGAGCGAAGGCCUCAUUUCCCACAGUUCUCCUACUCAGCCAGCGGGCGGGAGUGAGCGCUCCGGCCCAGCCAGCCAGUAUCGCCCCCAUCCGUGGCCAUUUGAGGAAAACACGUAGCCAUUUUAGGAAAAAAAUACCAGUCUCCCCUCUUUUUCUCCUUCUCUGCCUCCUCACAGACGGGGAGAAGUCUUUUUAGGGACUUUAAAAGAGGUUUUUGCACAGUGGGAUAGACUCCAGCCGGUCUCCCCACACUAAAAAAGAAGUCUCCUACAUUUUCAGCGCUAUUUCCUGCAGAAGGCAAUGUUUUUGUUAUUUAUUUUCUCUCCGUCAGUAUUAAGUCGUCGACCCGGGUUGCAUCUUUCUGUUCGUUUGUCGUGUCUGCCCUUUUUUCUUCUUCUUUUGACUUUUUGCACUUGGUUUGGAAGAGCCGUUUUAGGGAACAAAAAACCAAAAAUGUUGCCUUACGUGUGCAGAUGUUUCGUAUCAUACCGACAGGGUGUUUUUGUU